GUAAUAUUUAGACAAUCAAUUGUUGACACUUCAUCCUGAAGUGUUUCUCUCAAGUUCGUUGUUUAAAGCUGCACUCAACAAUAUGCAAGUUAUACAGAUGUGUCCUGCAAACAAGUGAGCAUUGAUUCGUGCGGUCGGGGACUAACGGGAUCGAGUUGAGAGGCUCAGGCUUGGUCGCUCACUCACUCACUUUACGAGCUCACCUGGGUCACGUUGGACAUUACAAUAGGACUGAAACAUCAAUACAGCUGAUCUUGAACAAGAAUAUGACGACUUUCGGGAUCGUACUGAUUGGUAGCAUCGCUUUGUGGUCAGCAGAGUUUCUGCCGGUAUCGACGGAUAGGCCAUGCCAGGGAAACGCCCAUCUUGGUGGAGAAUACAACAUCUCCGCAGAAAUACCGUAUGCAAAGUACGUUUGGAGACGCCCAGAUGGACAGUUUGUCAUCACAUGCAGUCCAAAUUGCAGUCCUACAGCUGGUUAUAAUGCAACCCUGACAAAUGGUGGGAACACAACAAAGCUCAUGAUACAAAGCGUUGCACCUAAAGAUGUGGGAACGUGGAGAAUUACUAAUACCUCUGAGUUCGCAACUACGUCUGCAUGUAAUUUAGAUGUCGCAGGACUUCCAAGCUGCAACAUCAACAGCUCUCAAGCCCCUCAUUCCCUUGAACCAAAUUCGAUGCUGACCCUCGACGUAGACAUACGGGGUUACUUCUGCUCUAAACAGGCACAGUUUGAUCUUACCAGUGGCCGUGAGGUACCCGAUGUGUGGUUGAGGAACAAAACAGUCACCGACGCCACUAACACAGUCCUCGACACCACCUUCAACGUGACACUAAAGAGGCUUGGAAAUAUCAAACUAGACUUUACUUGUGCUAACACAACUUAUAAUCUUGCUUGUGGAGGGGUGAAUACACUUCUUAAGAGCCCUCCACAGUGUGAAAUAAGCAGCUCUAGGAAUGGAUCUCUGAUGCCUGGUACAAGCCUGACUCUCACUGUGAACAUCACCAACUACUACUGCACUGAAGAGGCUGCGUUCAAUCUCACCACCGGCAGUGUUGAAGAGGAGCUGGUAGGGAGUCAUCAUGUUGUGGACAUCAACAGCACGGUCGUCAUGAAAACAUUCAAUGUCACACCUGCACAUAAUGGAAACAUCAAAGUCAGCUUCAGCUGUGACGACAUAAAUCGUGAACUAAGUUGCACUGGUGAUGACACAAUAACUAUAGUUGGAGUGACAUCAACUGCAAAACCACCAACAUCGACGCCUACGUCAACAACAUCGACUUCUACAAUGAAAGCCUCCACCACCUCCACCACCUCCACCAACUCUAUCCCCACUUCCACCACUACAUCUCCAACACCAGCAUCAGUAUCUGUUUACCUUAUCAUAGGUAUAGUGGCUGCAUUGCUCGUGGUGCUCAUCAUCAUCUUUGUCCUGGUUGUCUGCCGCAACAGAAUCUCACGGGUUGCAAAGAGGUACAUCGUUACCAGGAAGAGGCCUCAAAUUCAGAACUUGAGGGAAAAUGAGAAGCCGAACAAAGGGAAACGCAUGUCCCAAAUCAACCCUGACAAAAAGACAGACUUUGUGAAAUCUGUCCUUGGAUCAACUCCAGGCCCUGAUUCACGAGAUAAAAGAGCGUCAGUUACAGAGAUGCAGAUAUGACGGAAGGACCCAAUGAAGACAUCGCAAAGAGUGAGUGAGUUGGGUUUAACGCCGCUUUUAACAGUAUUCCAGUUAUAUCACGGCGUGUCAGCUUAAUGUGGGAGGAAAGCCCGAAGUGAUGCGGGUUUCAGGCGUUUACCACUUC